GGCGUGUAUGCGGCUGGUGGAGGAGGAGGAGGCGGAUGGGACACUGCUGAUGCUGAUGAUGCUGUCCCUGUUUAUGAUGAUCAACAUCGCGUCUGCCAAAUGAUGGGAUGCCUUUGACCUCCUUAGUAACUCGCCUCUGCUACAGUAAGGAUUUGCUGGUUCGGCGCAAAUCGGCGCGUGUCUUCGGAGGAGGAGAAACUGGCGAGGCAACGGUGGGUUUCGGCUCGUCCCUCGGCUGGCCUGGCUUGUGACUGACACAGGUGGAUUUCCGCUGGAACACUGGAAAUGCGGAUAUAUUCCUGGACCACCUCACCAGCGUCAAUCGACACAAGUAUAUCUUUGACAUAGCUCGUGGUUUACGUGCAUCACCCGUACAUUUUUUUGCUCGUCAGCGUAGAGUCGGAGCUUUGCGUGGUGGUUGGCUAAUAGGCUAAUUUGGCUAGCUAGGCCAGUGACAGAGCAGGCGAGAUGCUCGAAGGAGGUUGUGGUUUCGUGUAUGAGAUCUCGGUUACUGGACUUGGACGAAUAUUGGGCUAUUUCCGAUUACAAUCCAUUCUUCAUAGCUCGUAUGGUAACGCUUCAGUAAUUUAGCUCGCUACAGGUGCGACAGGAUGAGUUGCUGGAGAAGCUGAUGUUGACAACCUUAUCCGAAUUGUGCUUAUGUUUCUGCCAAUUACAUUUUUCAUAUUGUUCUUUCAGUCAUAUUGUAUGGAUUAGGUUAAUAGGCUACGACGUCAAGUGAUACAUAUUUCAUUAUACCUUUAUGAAGAACAAUAUUGAUCUCUUUCUUUAUGGUAAAUAUGUCGACACUAGUGAAUCACCAGUGAAACUUUUAACCAGAAACUACAUAUACAUUUCUAUAAGAUACGUCAACCUUCAAUGUUCUAGUGUAAACUAUGUUCAAGUGAUUUAAACUUUCUUCAGUGAAUGCAAACACAGUUGUUUAAAACCAUGAAAUUGGAGUCCAAGACAGCAGUAAGAUAAGGCUCGUCCACAGUUUAUCUGUCAGGUCGCACAAAGACUUCUAAAUGGAGCCAGCACUCCUGUCUGGCCCUCUGGGGCACACACAGUGGGAGCCAGAACAGCCAUUUCCUUUCGGAUUUCUAGCUCUGGAUUCAGACAAUGGAGGUGUGCUCUGUCAAAACAAGAGUGGUCAGACUGGUUUAGAUUUCAGAAACGGUGGUCUGGAUCUAAAUUUGCACCAAAAACCUGAGAAUCAGCCUGUGGAGGUGGAGGACCACGUAAACAUUACAUCUAACUAUUUUUGUGAGGAUUUGUUGUUUGAAGCGGGUCUGCCAUCAUUCCACCAAGCUCCUCUCACUGGCACUCACUUCAAAGAGUUACCUAGCACUGGAAAAACUGAGCUACUGGACGAAAAUAGUGACUUCACCCUGUCGUGGUUGUUUUCCCCUGACCAGGUUGACAUUAAGACAAACUUUGUUUUUGAGGAACUGACUUCAUCCAAACUGGACUUACUCAGUGAAACAGCAUCCCUUUCCAAAAGAAAUUCAGUGAAACACCCAGGAGAUCCUGAGUUGUUGCCCAAUUCUCCUUCAGAUGAGCAAUCUAACUCCACCACAGAGGUGGCAGACAUUUCGAACCCACUGGGUGUCACUGAGGAGCUGAUGAUCCCAUCACAACUGGAGAGGGCAGGUCGACCUCCCUCACAUGACUGUGAAACUUUGUCACCUGAAACUGGAGAGAGAGGCUUGUUCCAUGAUCAAGUGACUGAUCUGCCUGUAACCAAUCGCCUUGCCCUACCAGGUUUACAAGACAGCAGCCUCCAACACAAUCAUAUCAGUGAACAACAACAAGACUGUUGUGAAGUAUCUGUGCCUUUGUUGGAUUUGGACUUUACGGAUUGUGACAGUGGAGUGAGUUUGUGCCCAGAUCAUUCAGUCAACGGCACAGACUUGGAUUUUUCAACGGAGCUGGAGCUCACGGGUCCCACUGUCAUUUCAAAGCAGACUUUGCCGCAACAAGGUGCCAAUGACUCAUCACUUUUAUACCUACCAGUCGAACCUCCGUCGCUGACUGAAGAUGCCUUCAUCCUGCCUGAGGCCACCUGUUCCGCUGUUGAGCAAAAGGCGAGCGUAUUGAUGGAAGACAAAGACCACAUUCAGGAGCAUGAGGUAAUGGCUUUUGAUCAGUGCUCAGUCAGUGACGAGCUUCAUGACGAGGGUCCUUGGGACUUGAAAUCUCUGGAGAGGAGUCAGAAUGAUGCAGUUUCUGAGUCAGCGACAGAACAGUGGCGGGCCAAGAGUUUGACAAACGUUGCUCUCAUCGGUGAGGUGGCUUCCUUAGAGUCUUCACUUCAGGAGUUAAACACCUCUUCCUACGAGGACAGAUGGACCAAAGAGGCAACCGAAGAGCCGAGUUCACACAGAGUGGGAGAUGAUUCACUGCCAAUGGUUUCACCCGUGAGCCCAGGAGAAGUCUCACCUUUGAAACCUGUAUUUGAUGCCUUGGACCAAGAUGGAGAUGGAUUCGUUCGCGUCGAGGAGUUCAUGAAGUUUGCUGCUGCUUAUGGAGCUGAUCAGGUGAAAGAUAUAACCAAGUUCUUGGAUCCAAGUGGUCUGGGUGUCAUCAGUUUUGAAGACUUCCACAGAGGAAUCUCAGCCAUCAGCAAUGGAGGUCUGGAACCACAACUUUACAAUGUCAACUACUCGCCGGCCGAUGGAGCGGUUGGCUGUGUGGAGGAAUAUGAUGAGCAAAAUGAGGUGACGGACAGUGCCUACCUGGGCUCUGAGAGUACCUACAGUGAGUGCGAGACCUUCACUGAUGAGGACACUGGGGCACUGGUGGCUCCAGAAAUGCACGAGGAUGUGGAUGCAGACAGUGGCAUUGAGGCAACACUUCAUGACCCGGAAGAUGGCUUGAACAGGUUCUCCCUGAACUCAGACCUCCACAAUCACUCCCUGGUGACAGUGAUUGGUGGGGAAGAAGAGCACUUUGAAGAUUUCGGAGAGAGCAACACCUCCGAGCUGCUGGAGAGCAGCGUAGAUGGCACAGAUGGUGUUGAUGACUCCACUCUUUCACCACCCCCCAAGCAGGUCAACGGCUCCUCACUACUCUCGCCCAGUGCACCUGCUCCUCUCCCCGAUUGUUUUCAGAGCUUCCUCAGGGAGGAGGCCCUGGACUUUUUCUGUAGCCAGUGUCACAAACAAAUAAGUCGUCUCGAGGAUCUCUCCACCCGUCUCAAUUUCCUAGAGAUGACUAGUGCAGGCAAGAGGCUGUCCAGCAAAAAAGUAGCAAGACAUCUUCUGCAGAACAGUUCGAUGACACUGGAUACAAUGAGUGACCUAACACGGGACAUCUUGGAGCUUGCCGACAAUGACAUCACAGAUAAGGUGCUUCUCCUGGAGCGUCGCGUAGCAGAACUGGAAAAGGAGUCAGAAGCAUCGGGGGAGCAGCAUGCCCGGUUGCGCCAAGAGAACCUUCAACUGGUCCACCGGGCAAACGCCUUCGAGGAGCAGCUGAAGGAGCAGGAGCUCCAUGCUGAUGAGCGGCUCCAGCAGGAGACGCGGCGGCACAAAGAGGCCCUGAGCAAGUUGGAGAGAGACACAGGGAUGGAGAUGGAAAACAUGCAGACCAGGCUGCAGCAGUUGGAUGAGGAGAACUGUGAGCUGAGAUCAUGUGUUCCUUGUCUACGAGCAAACAUCGAGAGAGUAGAGGAGGAGAAAAGAAAGUUACUGGAUGAGGUGGAGACCAUGAGUGAGAGAUUGAGCGAGGAGAUGGAGUCCCGGCAAAAGAUGGCCGACAAGCUGAGUCAUGAACGCCACCAGAGUCAAAAAGAGAAGGAGAGCACCCAAGAGCUUAUUGAAGACCUACGCAAACAGCUGGAGCACCUGCAGUUGUACAAACUGGAGGCUGAAGCAAAGCGGGGGCGUUUGCCUGGAGCAGGACUGCAGGAGUACCAAACCCGCACACGAGAGGCUGAGCUGGAACAAGAAAUUAAACGGUUAAAACAGGACAAUCGCAGCUUAAAGGAGCAAAAUGAUGAAUUGAACGGACAGAUCAUCAACUUGAGCAUCCAGGGUGCAAAGAACCUGAUGUCGGCCUCCUUCUCAGACUCCCUGGCGGCUGAGAUCAGUUCUGUUUCUCGUACAGAGUUAAUGGAAACUGUGCAUAAGCAGGAAGAGAUCAACUACAGACUCCAGGACUACAUUGACAAAAUAAUUGUGGCCAUCAUGGAGUGCAACCCCUCCAUCCUGGAGGUCAAGUAGAAGUGGAGCUGUUGGUGAAGACUUUGCUACCUAUAACCAAUUUAUUUUGGUAGAAUCUCAACGAUGCACUCCAGCUGUACCCCUUCCCAAAAAGAAGAGCAGUGUCCCAUCUAUGAAAAAUAAGCUAUUUUUAUUUAGACCUUCCCAAAUGCAUGCUUUAUUUGUGAGUGAAUGUGGUUGCCCUGUUGGGUUCCGGUGACCUCCAUUUUUUGGCUAGAGGGACCCAAGUUUGUAGGUGAGUAAUCGAAAGGAUGAAAAGUUUUGUCUUAAACACAGAACAUCAACUCAAAUCUGACAUUUACACCCAGCCUUUCUCAUUUCCAAGGUAAUCGAAGUUUGAAUUGUGUGAACCUCCUUUGCCUCACUUAAGCUGUUGUGUAUAUCCUAGUGUCUCCAGAUGCUGAAUUUGAAUUAGAAAAAUAUAUGAAGCACUGGAUGUGUAAUGUUUGCAGUGCUGCCUAAAAUUGACAUAGUGCGAAUAUUCCCAGUGAACCCAAGUGAGGGACAUUUAUGUGGGCCACAGAUAAGAGAUGCUCAGAGGGCAAUUUGUGUGUGUGUGUGUGUGUACUUUAAUGCUUUAAACAAAAGAACUGUGCAUUUAGUUUGCUGCAUCGCGUUACAAUGAAACAGGAUUUGUUGGGUCAGUCGGGCCGGGUUGAAUUACCCCAUUAAUGGGAACCAAUUUUAAUUCCCCCGGUGCAUACGGGACAUGAAGGGAACAUUUUGUGCUUUCAAAUGCGGCCCAGCUGAUCCAAGUGCUCUCCUGCUGAGUGAAAGUGAACUGAGGCAAAUUAGAAAAAGACAUUUUUACGACUGAACCAUGGCGGCAUUUGACCGAUUAAGAUGUGACGUGAUUUUUUUUUUUUUUUUGCACUAUGUUUUUGCUCAGUUUUUGUUGACAGUCAAAUAUUUUUUUAUGAAAGACU